AGAAGAGAAAACUUUACUCCCAGUACAACAACGCCCAUCUCAAGAAAGAACCUAGCCAUCGAAGGGUUUUGAAAAGAAAACAUGAAGAAUCCAACUCAAAAGCAACAGAACAAACUUUGGCUAUUGGUGAAGUAGUAGAAGAACCUGGAAAUGGCGAUCAUGCUGAUGAUGGAAAUAUAUUGGCAGCUGGUCCUUCAAACGUAACACAAAAACUAGGAUUUUUAGAAUCAAGUGAACCUUCAAACAUAUGCAAUUUAAGGUAAUUGUCAUUGAACUUUGUGUUUCUCAUUUGUUACAACCUCUUUUUGUUUGUAGGGUCAGAAGAUCAGCAGUAUACUUUGGGGAUUUCAAAAUUUCUGAUUUAAAUAAUGUGCAGCGUCGGAAGAGAUUUUGGAAAACUGCUCAUGAAACUGUUCAUAAGUACAAAAAAAUUAACAAGUACAAUCAGUGUAAAAUUAGUAGACAAAGAAAUAAAUUAAAAAGUCUGAAUAGUCUGGUAGAUGACCUACUUAAGGAGAAGAGAAUAUCCCGAUCAGUGACAACAUCUGAUUCUGAUUGCAUGCUGCUGAAUCGGAAAAAUAGAGGAGGUUUAAUCAAGCCUACAAGAGAUGUUGUAAAAAUUUGUAUGGUUGCAGAAGGUAUAAUAAAAACUGAAACAAACUUUUUCAUCCUAAUAUAAUAUUAAGAUUGGUCUUUGCUGCAAUGAGAAAUUUAAAUUUGAACAAGGAUUUUUAUGUUUAUCUAAGCACUCUCUAGAGCAAGACCCACUUGAUGGACAUAUCAUUCAAUUGGUCAGACUUAUGAAAAAUUAUGUCACUAUUCGGCUUCACCACACAAAUUCCACAAAAAAUCAAAUAAC